AUGGUUAGCUUGACCUUCAAAAAUUUUAAAAAGGAAAAAGUUCCUUUAGAUGUGGAACCUUCAAACACAAUUUUCGAGGCCAAGACCAAACUCGCUCAAUCGACCUCGUGUGAAGAAUCCCAAAUAAAACUGAUCUACUCAGGUAAAGUGCUACAAGAUUCUAAAACUGUCUCCGAAUGCGGGCUCAAAGAUGGCGACCAAGUCGUCUUCAUGGUUUCUCAAAAAAAAUCUACCAAGACCAAAGUAACAGAACCUCCAAUUGCUCCUGAGAGCACCACUACCCCCGCAAGAGAAGAUUCUACGGAUGGGGCAUCUCCCAGUACGGAUGCUCCUGCCGCUACUGCUCCCGAAGGCUCGCAACCGCAGGAAGAACAAGCAUCCACUACAGAACCAACUGAAUCUGCUUCUACACCAGGAUUUGUGGUAGGAACCCAGAGGAACGAAACCAUUGAGAGAAUCAUGGAAAUGGGUUAUCAAAGAGAAGAAGUCGAACGAGCCCUUAGAGCAGCCUUUAAUAACCCAGAUAGAGCGGUGGAAUAUUUAUUGAUGGGUAUCCCAGAGAAUCUGCGUCAACCGGAACCACGGCCACAAACCGCGGCCGCGGCGGAACAACCAUCGACAGCCGCCACCUCUGCGGAGCAACCAGCUGAAGACGACUUAUUUGCACAAGCUGCCCAAGGCGGUAAUGCUUCAUCCGGCGCACUUGGUUCAACUGGAGGCGCUGGAGAUGCUGCGCAAGGUGGACCUCCAGGUUCCAUUGGCCUUACUGUAGAAGAUUUACUAUCGUUGAGACAGGUCGUUUCAGGUAACCCAGAAGCUUUGGCCCCAUUGUUGGAGAAUAUAAGUGCUAGGUAUCCCCAAUUACGUGAACACAUCAUGGCAAACCCAGAAGUGUUUGUUUCCAUGUUAUUAGAAGCCGUCGGUGACAAUAUGCAAGACGUUAUGGAAGGCGCGGACGACAUGGUGGAAGGAGAGGAUAUAGAAGCUUCAGGAGAGGGUGCCGCUGCAGGGCUAGGACAAGGUGAAGGCGAAGGCGAAGGCGAAGGUUCUUUUCAAGUGGACUAUACUCCCGAAGACGAUCAAGCCAUUUCGCGCCUCUGUGAAUUAGGCUUUGAAAGAGAUCUUGUUAUCCAGGUGUAUUUUGCAUGUGAUAAAAACGAAGAAGCUGCAGCUAAUAUUCUAUUCAGCGAUCAUGCCGAUUGA